AUGGAGGGAGUAGUUGAUAUAAGUACAUGGUGCAUGUAUGCGGAGGCAAAUGCAAGAGAAAUUGUGUGUGAAGAGCUAUCAGUAGGAACGUGUGCCUACUCAGUUGCUUCCUCUGGAAAGCGUUGCUCUUUGGAGACUUAUGAAUUAAAUGAGGGAACAACAGGAUACCAAUGCAAGACAUCAGAGGUGGUGGCCAAUAUUGGCUUAGCAGAUUUGAUUGAAAGUGAUGAGUGCAUAAGUGCUUGUGGAACUGAUAGGAACUCUGUUGGCAUUUCUUCUGAUUCUCUUCUUGAAUCAGCAUUCACUUCUAAGCUUUGUUCCCAAGAAUGCUACCAAAAUUGCCCCAACAUUGUUGAUCUUUACUACAAUUUGGCUUUGGGAGAAGGGGUGUAUUUGCCAGCAUUUUGCAAGGGGAGAAAAUUGAACGGACGCCGUGAAAUGAGCCAAAUCGAAAGUUCCGGUACUGUGGCGGGGGCACCGUCAUCCGCCUCGGGCGGAGAGGGCCGUCAGUUGAGUGAAGGCCCUACGGCAAGUGCUUCACUCACAUUCAAUGAUUGGGAGGCUGCUGCUCCUGCUCCAUUCUGAUUAUGAAGCUUCUCUACUUGUAUUUGUCCUAUAAAUUGCUAUAUAAUUUAUGAGUUCACUAGAGGAUCGGAGUUUGCUUUUACUAAAUAAUUUAUAGAGGUUUGUUUGAGUAUUACUUCAUGAG